CCUGGUGGAUUUGGGCAGGUGCCUGGCAGUGGCCUCGAUCAGCUUUCAGGCAGGCCUCGGAAACAUUCUUGUUUCCGACUGUGUUUAAUUGAGGGGGGGGGGUUUAGCUUAAAAUGCCAUGAGGUUGUUCUUUUUCCUCAUAAAAUUGAGGAACUGGAAGGGACUCAAAGGUGCAUUUCGUCCAACCCUGCCCCUGCGAGGGUGGUAAGGAAGUUACCUUUCAUUGUCAGCCUUAUUUAUAUAUCCCGUAAAAUCACAGACUGUAGGAAUGUAGAGUUGGAAUAAUAAUGAUGAUAAUAUUAUUUAUACCCCACCCAUCUGGCUGGGUUUCCCCAGCCACUCUGCGUGGCUCCUAGCAGAAUAUUAUUAUUAUUAAUAAUAAGAAGAAAGUGAUAAAACACCAAACUUUAAAAACUUCCCUAAACAGGGCUGCCUUCAGAUGUCUUCUAAAAGUCAGAUCGUUGUUUAUUUCCUGGACAUCUGAUGGGAGGCCGUUCCACAAGGUGGGCGCCACUACCGAGAAGGCCCUCUGCCUGGUUCCCUGCAAUCUCACUUCUCACAGUGAGGGAACCUCCAAAAGGCCCUUCGACCUGGACCUAAGUGUCCAGACUGAAUGAUGGGGGUGAAGACACUCCUUCAGGUAUACUGGGAUCCCGAGGGUCAUUUAGUCCAACCCCCUGAAAAGCAUAUUUUUUGCAAAGAAAUUUCUCCUCAAUGUGAUGCAUUCCUCUGUUCCCCCCAUUAUAUGCAUCUUUAUGCAUGCUUUACCCAAGCAAGUAUAUGGUUGCAUAUAUAGGGAGAACUGUGCUACAAAAUUUGGAGAGCUGUGAAUUUUGAAGGAGUGCGGGGUUUCUAUUCUGAUAUCGUUUUGCAAAUUGGGGAACUUUGUCUUUACAUGCAAACUGAAUCGAAUCCCUACCAGCAGUCAACCUAGAUGAUGUUCUUCUGCACCAGCCUCUUUGGAAUCACAGGGAGUUGUGUGAGAUUGCGACUGCUUUUUCCCCUGCUUUGCAAACCAUUUUAAGCAGCCUUCCCCACCUUGGCACAGCUGUUUGACGUUGUUUGGCAUUGGUGGGAGUGCAGCUGUCCUUGCUGGAGCUGAUGGGAGUCCAGAACAUCUGGAAGGGCACCAGGUUGGGGAAGGCUGCCUUUGAGGGUGUGCACAGCAGGGUUUGGUCCAAGGCUGGUUCUCCGCUUGAACAAUCUCAUCUUUGGUGCCACAUGGGGGAAGUCGUAAAAAGUUACUCAUUAACAGCUCCAUUAUUUACCCAGAAAUGUUGAACCUCCUUGCAGGUGCAUAACAUUCUCCUCUGGUUGGGGUGGGGGGGAUGGAUGCCUGAAUCCUUGGUUUAUCCUUGCAGGGCAGGCAGGCAGGCAGGCAGGCAGGCAAGCGAUCCUGUGUCCUGAACGACCUGGCGGAAAUAUUUAGCAUCCAGAAGGGGUGGGGAAGGCGGUGUGCUUCAGCAGUCGGGUGGGGCUUUGUGUUGCUGUGUGUUUUGCAAGAUUCACACACUCUCUUGGAGACGGGGCGUACGCUGCCAUGUUGAGAUAAGCCGGGAGGGGGCAGCUGCACGGUCCCAAGCCAAACAUGAACACAAUGACCUGCAGGGAUGUCUCUUGCCAAAUGCGGCAGGGAAGGUACCUGUGGCAAGUCUGAACGGAGGCGCCGAUGAAGACUUAAUCCAAUCUGCCUGUCCCUCAAGCGGGAAAGUUCUUCCCGAGGAACACUCUCCGCCCAGAUCAGCUCGUGACCAUGAAUACCACCCUGAGUUUGAAGCUUCCUCGGCUGCUCAACACUGACCAGGUUCCCAAAGUUUUCCGUGAGAAGGGCAUUCUUUUUGGGUACCGUCACCCGAGAAGUUCCGCAACAGAUUGCAUCGUCAGCCUUUUCCAAAUGACAAAUGAAACUGUGAAUAUUUGGACGCAUUUUCUGCCUGCCUGGUACUUCCUAUGGAAGCUUUUGGCCUUAAUCUACGCCUUGGAUGUCUGGAGGGACUCGUACACCUGGCCCUUUCUGGCUUACAUGGUCACCUGCUGCAUCUACCCGCUGACGUCCAGCAUCGCUCACACAUUCAGCACCAUGUCCAGCAGGGCCAGGCACAUCUGCUACUUCUUUGAUUACGGUGCCCUCACCCUGUACAGCUUAGGCUCCGCCAUUGCUUAUUCUGCCUACGUUUUCCCCGAAGAAUGGAUUGGCAGCACAUUCCACCAUUACUACGUCUCCACUGCUGUGCUCAACACAGUCGUGGGCACAAGCCUCUCCUGCUAUUCCAGGCUCGGCCUUCCCUAUUUCCAUUAUAACAGUGGCGGCAUAGAAAGGUUCAAUGAAAUGGAGCAGCCAAAGUUCAGCAAAACAAUUCGCACAAUCGCCUUUGCUCAUCCUUACGUGUUCGACAGCAUCCCUCUCUUCUACAGGCUGUACUUAUGCGCUGCAAGAAGUUGCACGGAGAGCGUUAUUCCAAUCCACCUCAAGCACACUGUCUUUGCCUGGCUCACCUGUUUCCUUUUUGCGACACACUUGCCGGAGCGGCUGGCCCCUGGACUCUUUGACUACAUUGGGCACAGUCACCAGCUCUUCCACAUCUGUGGUAUCAUUGGGACCCACUUCCAAAUGGAAGCCCUUCUGGUUGACAUGGCCAACCGCCAUGAGUGGCUGCUGGCUCCAUCCUUCUCUCAAACCUUUGGGUCCCUUGCAGCUGCCAUCAUUGUCAAUCUUAUCAUCAUUGCUGCUUUCUCAACGACGCUCUAUUCCAUGCCAAAAUUCUGCAGGAAAGGAAGCAAGCACAAGGACUAACGUCUGUUAAAAUUGAAAUGAAAUGAAAUGAGAUUAUAUUGCAGUUAACAGUAGCAGUACAACACAAAUUAGAAACUACUUCAAAUGAGGCUUGGUGAAUAUUAUUUGAGAAGUGACUUAAAUGAUUCUUUUUUAUUAUGAAUAUGAUUUUGUACUGUGGUUUUUCUACAACUUGAGCUGGAAGACUUAACCAAUUUUGGAUGUAGCUUUUCAUUUGUUGAUCCUGAUUGACCAUUUAGAAUACCAGGCUGCAAUUCUGAGGACUCUGUGAGAACUCUAAAUAACUUCAGCCACUUAAGUUUGUGCCAGAUUAUUAUUAUUUAAAUAGUGAAUGCAAUUUAACUUGAUGUGCCAGUUUGCACUGAUAACAUAGAAAUGUUGGCCACCUUUCAUGCCAAAGCAGCCACAGUGGCCUUUUAACAUAAUUCCAUGCCUUUUUAUGCUUUAUUUGAAAUGCCAAGCACAUGUAACAUUUCUAGCACAAAAUACUAAUGUACAUACCUUUCUAAUUCAGAAACUUGCAAUGAAAUAAUAUGAGGUUUCUUUGAAAUUAUAUAUAUUAAGAAGUUUAUAUUUUUGUAAAUAGCAUCUGCUGGGGUAUCACACGAGCACUUUUUGGUAACAGUAAACAAAGUUAUUGUGGAAUAAAUGCCCUUUUGAAAGG